CCUCGGUUCACAGAAAGCCAAAGUACCGAACGUCAUGCGACAACUGCCAAACGGCCAAAGUAAAGUGUGGACAAGGGAAGCCAUGCCGCAGGUGUUCGGUGCACAUGCUACAGUGCAUCUACAGCCUCUCCCGCCGUAUGGGCCGUCCUAUGCCGAAGAACCAGGGCGGCGUCGCAGACUCUUCCGGGAGGCAGACCAACCUUGGACCCUUGGGCGACGACGACAAUGCCAAUAUCACGCCCAGUUCACCUACCCCGGCCUCAACUGUUGGGUGUGCCGCAUUGAAUCUCACGACGGCGGCGGCAGAAGCUGGGGCAGAAGCAGCAGCUAUCCCGACCUCCCUGCAGCGGGACGGAUGGAACGACGGCGAAGUAUACGCGGUACCGGACGAGCUUAGCCAGAGACCCCUUCCCUGGAGCUCUCCGAAUCUACUUGCCGGCGAUGAACCUGAGCUAGCUCCUUACCCAGUGGUCUCGUACGUGCCUUCAUCUAGAGGCGGGACGAUUGCCACCAGCGGUGAAUCCCGGCGUCACUCCGUGGCGGACCCUUUGCACUUUGACGACUUGUCUCGAUACUUCGAACUGGACAUGCCUUCAUUGUUGCAAGCUAUGUCAUGCUCAUUCGCGUCCCAACGGCCCAUCUCAGCGUCCGUCUACGAGAAUUGGUUCGGAUCUUCUAUGCAUCCUUUUCCUACAAUUCCGACAACAAUGGUCGCGAACCAAGAACAGGACCUCCCGCGGUUCUCAGACGAAGCGCACCGGCCGCCGCCGGGUAGUGAACAACGCCAGAAUAUCAGCUCUGGCUCCGAUCAGCUUCUCGAAACGGCGGCGCCUGUCCAGCAAGAUGAAAUCAUCCCGUCGAUACAAGCAGAGAGCGAUCAGAUGGUGGACGAUUUGGCGCUGUCCUAUUCGGCCUCUGACAUGACAUGGAUGGAUGGGGAGGACCGGCCGUCACUCCGCCAAGGCACACGUCUUUCCCAAGUAUCCUCGCCCUCUUACCUGGGCAUCCGUUGGGAUGCCGGUGCUCUCCCGCUGAGUUCUCCCGACACUGCAACCGCAACGCUUAGUCAGCUCUCCAUGACCUAUGGUUUCGGCGGUGGCUUUCUGGGCGAGAAAGCGGCAAAUGGCGAGGAUGAAGACGGCGAAGGGCCGUUCAUCAUCUCAUCGUCAUCCCCAGCAUCAGCCGAUCGUCCCCAUCCACGCUCUCUGAACGAGCAAGAGCCUAGCAUAUCUGUAGCGGGAGGACAUGAAGGAAGAGGUGGUGGUGGUAACGGAGGCGGCUACUGCGAAUGCGUCUCGACCGUGUCACGGUGCAUUGUUUCGCUGUGGACCGCCAAACAGAAACAGCACGGAAGGAGCCAGCCUUUAGCUCUUGACAGCGUGUUACGCAUGGACAGCGAGGUUGCGGCGUCGCUAUCCCGGCUUCACCAGUGCCGUGCCUGCCGUUGCGAGAGUACCGUGCAUCUGCUCGCACUGAUCAGCCUGCGAAUGAUGGUCCAUCUACUGCAAACGUUGGUGUGGGACGAGUUUGCCUCAUAUGAGCAGCCUGAACGGGGCUCCCCUGAUGACAGCCAGAAUUCUGGGAUAGGAGAGGGAAGAAGAGGAGCGCUGUGGAUUGGCGAGGACGAAGUCUCGCCGUGCGCGCGACUGUGGUUUCUAGGACGGUUGUUGCAGGAACGAUUCCACAGGCUGGCUGUCCUCAUCGAGGAGCGCAAGAACUUCAUGGGUACAUUUGCACGCGACUGUCUCGCUGGUGCGUCUUUGCUAUUACUGGAGGAUAUCUCGCAGGAUUUGCAGACGAUGGUGGGAUUGCUGGAGCUCUGGAAUCCCGAGUCUUGACGGCUAGCCUUAGAGCCCGUAUGUUUCUGGGUCCCUGGUAUGUGAGUGCGGCUGCUAUUGCUUCUAAGAUAUCAUGUUCACGGCCAAUAUCAACGGAUCUAUCAGUGGGAUUGAAGCCGACGCCCUUGCCACUCCCCUUAUCCCCUGAACUCACUAGGUUACCUACCAAGGUAUUGCGUGCGCAAACUGGGACCCUAGAGCGUCACAACAAUGAGGCGCUCUUUCAAAUGGUCUCGGUCGUGGGUGGGGCCCUUGGGACGGCUGUGUCCAAGCUUUCAAGUUUCACCUGGUAUGCCA